ACGCACUACGAGGAGUAAACAGUGAUCAGCUGACAGCGAAGGGAGGAACUCCGACGCCCAUCCUUUUCUCUUCAUAAUUACACCCUCGCCGCUUCCUCUCCCUUGGCUUUGUUACCAAGAGCUCGACAAAUGAAGGGCAGAUGAUAUGACAUCGCGUAGAAGGGAAAUAUAACGAAGAAGAUGAGUGAUAGAGACUACUCGCCGCUGAGCUCCGCCUGUGUGCGGGCUCUGAGCGACAAGUUAUAUGAUAAAAGAAAAGCCGCCGCUUUGGAAAUUGAAAAAAUGGUGAAAGAUUUUGCUGCAGUCAAUAACCAAGAGCAGAUAAGCCGGCUGAUACGAGUCCUGGAGGAGUUUGCAAUGUCUCAUAACCCCCAUACCAGAAAAGGUGGACUUAUAGGGCUGGCUGCCGUUGCUAUUGGACUCGGGACUAGGGGUAUAGGGCCGUACAUCCAAGAGCUCGUCAAUCCAAUAUUGGCUUGCUUCACCGAUGGUAAUCCUAAUGUGCGGUACUAUGCAUCCGAGUCACUCUACAAUGUUGUCAGGGUGUCAAGGGGAACGGUGCUGUCACAGUUCAAUGACAUUUUCACCAUCCUGGUACGCUUGGCCAUGGACGCAGACCAGAACGUCAAGAAUGGCUCUGAGAUGCUUGAUAGGAUAAUGAAGGAUAUAGUCACAGAAAGCGCCUCGUUUGAUCUGGUUGCGUUCAUCCCAGUCCUUCGCGAGAAACUUUACUCCAACAACCAUUGGGCCCAGACGCUCGUGGUGUCCUGGGUAUCUGUACUCCACACCGUCCCCGAUGUAGACACACUUUCCUUCUUGUCUGAAAUCUUAGACGGAUUAUUCUUCAUUCUGGAAGCUCCUAAACCAGAGGUCAAGAAGAUGUGUGAGGUUGUGAUUGGCGAGUUCCUUGUGAGCAUCAAGAAAGCACCUGACAGAGUCAAGUUUGGUGACAUGAUCAAUAUCCUCAUCACUCACGCACAGUCGAAUGAUCAACUUGUUCAGUUCAUUGCCCUCACAUGGAUCAAUGAAUUUGUGACUCUCUCUGGACGUGUGAUGCUGCCCCAUACAUCGGGCAUUCUCACUGCCACUCUGCCUUGCCUGGCAUUGGAUGAUCCAACCUAUGCAAAAACACGUGCCCUGGCAGAAGAUGUCAGUUCAAGGUUGAUGGAGUUGAUUACCAUAGAAGAUGACAGAGAAGGGCCUGAGGGAUCAGCUGACACUUCAAAGGAAGCAUCGUCAUCUUCCACCUCAGGAGAAGUUAAUAACCAGGGUCUAGACCUUGGUUCAGUUAUGGAGGUGCUACUCAAACAAUUACGAAACACACCCGUUCCUUGUAAAACAGCAGUCCUGCGCUGGAUCUAUCAUCUCCACAAUAAGAUUCCUAAUAAGAUGUGUCGUUAUCUAGAAGAACUGUUCCACGUCCUGCUGCGGACUCUCUCAGACCCGUCAGAUGAGGUGGUUCUCUUGGUCAUUCAGGUGCUGGCGCAGAUUGCAUCCACUACUAAUCAACCUCAUGCGGCUGCCACUCAGGUUAUCGAAGGAGAGGAAAGAAAUAGUGUGGACGAAUACUUCACAAGGUUUCUCCAGAAUCUCCUUCACCUCUUCGCAACAGAGCGGAACUUGCUGGAGGACAGAGGACCCUUCAUAAUCAGACAACUUUGUGUAAUGUUGAGUGCUGAGGACAUCUAUAGAACUUUAGCUGAACUUCUGCAGAAGGAAGAAAAUCUAACUUUUGCUUCUGAAAUGGUGCAGACUUUGUCGUCAAUUCUUUUAACAUCUAAGGAACUAUUUUCUCUCCGGUUACAGCUGAAGGAUCUGUCAACAGCAGAGAAUUGUGAACUGUUUGUGAAGCUCUAUCGAUCAUGGAGUCACAAUCCAGUGGCAACGCUGACUCUGUGUCUACUCACGCAGAAUUAUUCACAUGCAGCUGCUCUUGUCCACGCCUUUGGAGACAUUGAAGUCACAACAGAUUUCCUUGUGGAGGUUGACAAGUUGGUUCAGCUUGUAGAAUCUCCAAUAUUCACAUAUCUCCGGCUGCAACUCCUAGACCCAGUUGGGCACUCUGCCUUGGUUGAAACACUGUAUGGCCUGCUGAUGCUUCUGCCUCAGAGUGAUGCCUUCACACUCCUGCGAUGUCGCCUCAACUGUGUUCCCCCUUCGCAUUUACUGAAGCACACGCAUGGGAAAAGCGAGAAUCGGAAGUUGGCAAGCAACAUUGAUUUUGAGGAGCUGCUAACACACUUUUGCACAAUGCAAGACAAACACCGCAAAUAUAAACACCAGAAAAUCAAGCAAAGGUUGCAGUCAAGUAUAGAGCCCUCUUCAAGACACCAGAAUUAGCAAGUGUGUAUACUGUGUUCAUAUGAGGCUGAAAGGUAAAGAAAAAGCAAAUGAGAAUAAUGAAAGUAUUACAGCAUGGCAUUAUUGGGGUACACAAGAGUGUGAAUAAGUGAGAGGAGAAAUACAGACACAAAGAUAGGUUGAUCAAUACACACACUACACUGAUGGACAGAUGCAUAAAGACUGAUAUACACAGAGACUGAGUGAAAUGAAAUGAAAAAGAUAUGAAAAGCAAACAAGAAAAAUAGAGGGCAGGAGAAUGAUUGAAAAUGUGAGUCUGUAGAUGAGGGUGUGCAAGAGAGAGCAAAGCUACAAGAUAAGAAAGAGACAGAUAAAUAGACAGUCAGAGAGGGGAGAUAUUAAGAAUACAGUAUGAUUGUAGAUAAGGUUAUUAUUCAAUGGAAUGCACACUGUUGUCAGUUAUUCAGUAGUUCAAGCUUUGAACAGAUGAACAGGGUUUUUUUUAUAUAGUUUAUUGCAGGAAUAGUUGUCUUGCCGCUGAUGAUAAUGAUGAAUUGCAUAUUUUGUUUUAUGUUGCACUUUGCCAUAUACUAGAAAUCGGUUUAAUCAAGAACAGAGCACUUAUACAAUCUGCGGUUCUCAUCUGUGUGUGAGAAUAUGUAGCCUUUACACAGAUAUUUAAAUAGCUGAAUAUAUAGAUUGACUCUCUCAUUUUAUAUUCGUAUUUUGCUUAUACAGUAUAUAUGUAUAUGCAGUUUCAUUAUAUUCAGAUACAAAUGUAUAUCAAUUGCAUACAUAAAGAUUUUGAAGGGUCUACAUAUAUCCUGACAGACAGAACUUUGACGGGUUUGUUAUUAGAUAAUAAGUUUCCUUGAUUUUCUUCAUGUGUGUGACUUUAUGUACUGUAUGUGUUUGUAAAUAAAUUAUAUAUAUAUAUAUAUAUAUAUAUAUAUAUAUAUAUAUAUAUAUAUAUAUAUAUAUAUAUAUAUAUAUAUAUAUAUAUAUAUAUAUAAAUUUUUAUAUAUACAUAAUAAUGGCAAAUCAAUGUGACAAUAAAUUGCCAAGAGCUUCAGGCUUGUUUAGCACGAAUUUUUCUUACCAAAAAAUUGUAUUAGCUAGAUUUAUACUUCUUAUGCCAGUAUGUGAGUCUUUUACUGCAGAGUUUGUUUGAGACAUUCCUUUACACCUAUAGUUUUUGUGACCAAGUAAAAAUUUUAUUCCUUUAUCUGCCUUGUGCCUGAUCAUCCUUCCAUUUAUCCUUAAUCCUUUUUUUUUUUUUUUUUUUUUUUUUUUUUUGCCUUGGUCCUUUUCUCUUUCUUUGUAGCAAGUGUAAAACAUUUGUAAAAAUAUACAUUUAGUAUAAAUAAUUUUUCCUGUGAUGAAAAUCCCAUUUGCAGAAGUUGUAAAGUAGUUUGUCAUACGUGAAAGCACACAUGAGGAUUUAACUUUUAAGGCCUGUGAGGAAUAGUUUUACUGUUUAUAUGAACCGACCUUAAAGAGCACAUUCUGUUAAAUUCACGGUUUACAUAGUCAAGUAGGAGAAUGCCCAAUUGCUUGAUUGGUUAGUUGAUUGAUGAGAAAUCCCAAGAUGUUUAUUUUUAAAUGUAUGACUAUAUUUCUAAAAUGUAAAAAAAAAAAAGUUACUGUUGUGUAUUCGUGUUCAGAAAUUAUUGAACAAGAAAAUUUAUCUUGAUAGACACUUGAAAUUAUGUUGAAAUUAUAAUUAAAUUAUUUUGAUAAUUGAUGAAGUGGUUUAUGUACAUAAUGAGCUCUUGAAGGUUUAAUUUAGUCACUUUUUAGUAUCGUUAUGAUUGGUGAAGUGAUUUUUUUUCCUUGCUCCCAAUUAAAAUAAAAAAGACACUUUAAACACUCCAAGGAAAAUAAAGCAUUCUUGUAUUUCAA